AUGGUUAGCUUUGGUCAGGCUGUGAUGGGCUCCAGAAGCACGGAGGACCAGAAACAACUCUUCAUGGCAGCAUACGAUGCGCACAACAAAUUGAUGGAUGACGCUAUGAACGGAAGAGGAAUUGAUCGGCAUCUUUAUGGCCUCCGGAAAGCAGCAGAAGUGGUGAAAAAAGACAUUAAAAGUCAGCCUAUCCUUUUCACAGAUGAAGCCUUUAGGAUCUCAGGCGGUGAUGGGAACUUCCUCCUUUCUACGAGUUUUAUUGGCUAUAUGGGAGAAAAUGAUGAACUCGGUUCGUACGGAUAUGUCACGGCAAUGUGCCCAGAUGGUUACGGCGCAUUCUAUAGGAUAGGGAAGAACAGGUUACAAGUAACGAUUACCGAUUGGACUGGGUCGAAAUCUGAGCUGGACUCUUACGGCGACAACAUCGUUUGGUCUCUUACGAAGAUGGCUUCUUUGUUCACUUACAAAGCAAAUUUAUGA